CCGGCCUCCCCAGAGCCGGAACUUCCGGCCGCCGCCGCCAUUUUGACUUCCCGACCUUGGGCUACUGUUGGCCACUGUCUGCAGUCAUUCCUUGCGGUCAUGUCUGUACUGACCCCGCUGCUGCUGAGGGGCCUGACAGGCCUAACCCGGCGGCUCCCGGUGCAGCGUGCUCAGAUCCAUUCCAAGCCUCCGCAGGAGCAGCUCGGGACCAUGGAAGUCGCCAUCGGGCUCACCUCCUGCUUCGUGUGUUUCCUCCUGCCGUCGGGCUGGGUCCUGUCACAUCUGGAGAGCUACAAGAAGCGGGAGUGAAGGGGGCUGGCCUGUCCCUCACCCUGUGACCUGACCACCCCUGGCCUCUCCCGAUCAGGUCUGCUGCAUUCCUGGCCAGCCUUCCCUGGAUCAUGUCCUUCAAUUACAGCGACCUCUUCUGCAAUCAUGACCUCUCGAUGUCUCCGCGGUGACGCCCUGGGACCACAUAUGUUAGCGUAUAAGGCCCUGCUCGGUAGGGCCCUCCUUGUAACAAUAAAGUGUAUUUAAACCUUGC